GUUCAUGCAUCUGAAUGAGGAUCACUGAUGCAAAUCACUGUCAUCAUUAGACAUCAAUAGACAAUAGGUUUGACUUUAAAGGGCUGAUGAGCGACGUGCAAAGUGUUGGAAUGUGAUUAGAUUGCUCAUUGGAAUGUGAGCAGUGUGUAUUAUGCUGGUCUUUGAGGAGGAGAAAACACUGUGUUUAUACUGUGUCUUACAGCAACUUAAGAAAUAAGGGUGUCCACAAAGUGUUUGUAGUAAUUACGUUCCACAGUGUCACACUGAGGACUUAUAUCCAGGGUUGGCCACCUCAGGUCCACAUCUGCACUCAGUGAAGCUGUGAUAGCACUACUCUGUGUGAGACUCUCCAACAAACAAGAUGCAGAACAGGACUGAGAAGUUUGGGACUCAGCUGCAUCAGCGAGGUCUGUUCAGGAAGAGCACCACGUACCUGGCCAAGAUCGCUGUUGUUCUCCAAGAUGCUCCGGAGAAGAUGCUCACUUUUACUCAGUUGAUGGACAGGCUGACAACACUCAUCUGUGAAGAGAGAAAAUCUAUUGAGAACAACAUCAGAGUCUGUUUAUCAACCCACGCAUGUUUUGUCAAAAUUCCAGUGGCCCCACACUCACUGGACAGUAAGAGGAACUACUGGAAACUGGACUCCAGUCAGAUCACAGUAAAGAUGGUGCGUCGUCACUUUAAAGGAAUCCUGCAUCUCUUCCCUGAGUUGGCCUCCAAACUGGAAACAGAGAACGGGAGCAGGCCGUCAGCUCUCCACUCUCCUGAAGCUGCAGCCUGCAAAGCUGUUCAGAUCAGAUGUGAGGUGAAGUUCAGCAGUCCUUUCUCCAUCGAAUCCCUCCUGAAGAGAGACGGCCUCUCGCCUCGGCCGUCCAGACCUUCUCCUCUGUCCAGUGUGCAGGUCAGAGCGGAGCAGCAGCCUCGGCCCACACACAGACACAUAGUCGGGACGAAGAGGAGCCUCAGCUGGGACUCUGAGGAGCCUGUUCACCUUCAGGUUUCAGCUGGAAGUUCCCCCAUCUGCUCAACAGGGGGCAGCACACACCAUGGAUUUACUGCUGAUGGAGCUGCUAAACCCAUCAAGAGGAUGCAUGUGAGCAUAGAGCCUUCAUUCCCUGCCUACACUAGAGCUGCUCCUCAUUUCAUCCAGCUCACACAGCAGUUACAUCACUUACUCUGUGCCAGCAUUUACCCAUGAUGCUCUCCGUUUUCGUUUGUGAAAAAGUUUUUCCAUCUUCCAAACUGCACUUUUAUGUUUUUUAUGUUUUUGAGUGGAACAUACACUUAAGAGUGGUUUUUCUUUUAGGUCAGACACACUUUCAAAGCACACUUAGCCCCUAAAUGGUCUCACGUGUGUUACAUUGUGUCAAGAAGUAUUUCACUUAUUUGUGGCUGUAUUUUGAUGGUUGAAAGUAGAUGUAGAUGUAGUCCUGAUUAAAGAUUUGAAUUAGUCUGUUAAA